AUGUCGGCUCUGCCCGAUCCUCUGGUGAGGAGGAAUCGCGGCUUUUUGGGCAGUGAUAGCUCUGCCUUGCCCCCCCGCGAUGAUCAGGAUCGACGCCAGCUGCGAUAUGAACUUGACCUCAACUCAUGGAAUCUCCGCAUCUGGGGCGUGGCAGCUUCUGGCUUUCUGACAGACUCAUACAAUCUCUUUUCUACCAAUGUCAUUCUCGCCUCCAUUGCCUUCGUAUACUGGCCAUCACACGGCUCGAGAUGGCAAGGCUUGCUCAUCAACUUCUUCACUCUCCUGGGCUCUGUCAUCGGGCAGCUUUUGUUCGGCUUCUUGGCUGACUUCUAUGGCCGGACCCGUCUCUAUGGUAUCGAGCUCGUUCUUGUGAUCGUGUCCACCAUCGGAGUAGCAACGAGCAGCUAUGGCUUCGACGACAUGAGUUUCCUAGGACUUUUUAUCUGGUGGCGCUUCGUCAUGGGUAUAGGUAUCGGCGCGGAAUACCCUCUCAGCGCAGUCAUAACCUCAGAGUGGUCGAGUACGCAGUCGCGAGGGACCAUGAUCUCUUCCACCUUCAUGAUGCAACCUAUUGGACAAGCUUUGGCUCAGUUGGUGGGUCUAUGGGUGCUUGUUGGUCGGGAGCAAAGCGCGGGUUUACAAGAAAUGCAAUGCGGCCUUGACAUGAAGUUUGACAGAGAGUGUCGUCGUACGGUUGACGGGAUUUGGCGCAUCGUCAUCGGCUCAGGUGCUGUCCCAGCACUCUUGGCUAUCAUAUUCAGGUUCUUCCUGUUCGACUGUGGACUAUACAGUCUAGAGGUCCGUAAUAAGCCCGGUAUUGCUCUGAGGAAUACGCAAAGAGUGUACGGUGCGCCUCCUGGUGCACCGGCUGGGUAUCCCAUGGCUACCGCUGAUGGAAUGCAUACCUCCAACUCGACACAGCCCAUGCCCAUUCAGUUCUCCAAGGAGGAUCUUUACAAAUACUUCAUCAAGGAAGGAAAUUGGUACUAUCUCCUAGGCACCGCUGCAACAUGGUUUUUUCUAGAUGUUUCUUUUUACGGGCUAUCACUCGAUAACAGAGGGACCCUGUCAGACAUGUGGGCAACGACGGGACCGACCCCUAUUGACGAAAGGCUGUCGUGCUGGAAUUCAAAAUGGGAAGAUGGUAAUGCCACAGCCAGGAUAUGGAGCAAGACCGGCCUGCCGAUUUGGCAAACGGAUGCAACAUUGCCGUGCAACACAAUUUAUGACGUGCUCCUAGAGCAGGCCAAGCAAUAUCUGCUGACCGUCUCUCUCGCCUCCAUUGCCGGCAGUGCCUUCUUCGUCAUAUUCGCGAACCGUAUCCCCAGACGUCUAUGGCUGACGAUAUCCUUUUUCGUUCUCGCCAUCCUAUUCGUCAUCACGGGCUGCGUGUACUAUGGGGUCAACCGUACUGAAGGUGCGCCAGCUACCAUCGUUUUCGUAGCAUUGUGCCAUUUCAUGUUCAACUUUGGGGCCAACACACUUACAUUCAUCAUCCCGGCUGAAAUAUUUCCGACUUGCUACCGCUGUACGUGCCACGGCAUCUCUGCCGCUGCCGGAAAACUCGGCAGCAUCGUUGCACUGCUCGUCGUCUAUGGGAUCAACUCGUCCUACACUGCCGCGAACCGACAGGGCCUAAUUUUUCUCCUUUUUGGCUCGUUCGUGGCCAUCGGCGCCGUCUUCUCCUGGGCCUAUCUACCCGACUCCCAGCGGUGGACGAUAGACGAGGACGGGCGACGUGUGCUGGAGCAAAAGACUCUUGAAGAACUGGGUGAGGGGCGGGAGAGGGCGAGGCAACUCGGCGAGGUCAUCACUGUCAAAGAUAAAUGGCAUGAUUUGAAGCGAAGGAGAUCAUCGCCUACACCUUCACAGGCUACUGAUCCGUGA